GUGCUUUUGUGACGCCGUACAAACCUUAACUUAUCGUGAAGUGAUGUGAGUUGAGAUGUCAGGUGUCACGACCAGUAUUAAGAUGUGAGUGUGUGUGUUUGAAAACGUGAUGAAUCAUGACGUCAUACACGCUUCUCAACGAAUCAGUGAUGUGGUCUCAAGAAGAGGGCUUCCCGUUGCUGAUGCCACGCUGGGGCUACGUGGCCUCUGCUUUCGUGCUAUUCCUCAUCGGCUUCUUUGGAUUUUUCCUCAAUUUGAUGGUCAUCCUUCUCAUGUUUAAGGAUAGACAGCUUUGGACUCCCUUGAACAUAAUCCUCUUCAAUCUGGUGUGCUCGGACUUCUCCGUGUCAGUGUUGGGGAAUCCCCUGACAUUGAUAUCAGCGCUUUUCCAUCGUUGGAUUUUUGGACGUACCAUGUGCGUUGUCUAUGGUUUCUUUAUGGCACUGCUAGGAAUUACGUCAAUAACAACACUCACUGUUAUUUCGUUUGAACGUUACUUAAUGGUGACACGACCCUUAAGUACAAGACAUCUAAGUUCAAAGAGUGCCGGCCUCGCUAUUGUAUUCAUUUGGACAUACUCCCUAGCCCUCACAACUCCUCCAUUGAUGGGCUGGGGGAACUACGUCAAUGAGGCAGCAAAUAUAAGUUGUUCGGUGAAUUGGCACGAGCAAUCCAUGAACACACUCACAUACAUACUGUUCUUGUUCGCGAUGGGACAGAUCGUCCCACUUGCGGUCAUCAUCUUCAGUUACGUCAACAUCAUCAAGACCAUGAAGAGGAAUUCACAAAGACUUGGAAAAGUAAGUCGAGCUGAAGCCAGAGCAACUGCGAUGGUGUUCGUUAUGAUAAUUGCCUUCACAGUUGCCUGGACACCAUACUCUGUAUUCGCUUUGAUGGAGCAGUUCGCCGCGAAGGGUAUUAUCACACCUGGUGCAGGAGUUAUUCCUGCUUUGGUUGCCAAGAGCUCAAUUUGCUACGAUCCACUCAUUUACGUGGGCAUGAACACUCAGUUUCGUCAGUCGAUCAGAAAGAUAUUUGGCAUGAAUCCAAAAAAAGGUUCUCAUUCUGGUAAUUUCUACAAUAAUUCAGGCAAAUCUCGUGGACAUAAGCUGUCAACAUUCAAUGAAAUAACAAUACGCUAUCAGACAUCAGACAGUAGUAACUUAACGAGCAUGCCAAAAAAGUUAAAAGAAAGAACUAUUAGCACCGAAGAUUCAGAUAUGUCGACUAAUGAUACUAAUCGUCAGUCAAACAAGAUGGUAUACGAUUUAGGGACGAUACAGGAGUGCAAGACAAUUUCAGACAUAGAAAGAUCUGCAGAUAUUAAUGGCGAUGAGUAUAAUGCUAAUAAUAAAAAUAAAAUAACGGAUAACUCACCAAUACUUACAAUUGACGAUGAAACUUUGUUUUUUAAUAAAAGAAAGAAAAUUAUCAAAAAUACUGAGGACGAUGAUGACAAUGAUACUUUGAGCUCAAACUCUAGUGAUUAUCAGCUCAAGGGAUCCAAUUUGAAACAAAGUUAUUCGUUUGAAUUAGUCAAGAUACCGGAAGUGGUGAAAAUGAGGAAAUAUUCAGUGGAAACUAAAAUAGAAUCCAAUUUAUCAAAGGGUUUUAAAGAGAAAAUAGUUAGGAAAUAUCUCGACAAAAAUCGAGCAGACGUGUGA